GACAGAAUGUUUACUUGUUCAGCUGUCUGUGCUUAAAACAAAUCUCCUACAAGUGGUUCACAUGGCUAUUUAAACGAGAGAAGUGGUUUAAUAGCCUGUUAUCAAUAACACGAGUUCAAACAUAUUAUUUGAUUAACUCAAAACCAAAAUUCAAUUGUAAUGUUUUUUAUAUAGAUUUUGCGUCGUUUUUAUAAUUCUGUUAGUCGUCCUGAAAAAAGUUGGAAGCGACUAUUAUACAACAUGUGAUAAACAUCUAUUGUUAAUAAUAUAUCAUUUGAUGUUUGGUAAGCUAUUGGUGUAAUUGUUUGAUCGCUGACUCCAAUUACAUUGACUGAUCGACAUUUAUUAUUUUACUUAAUUGUCGAUGAUACAUGACUUAUUAGUGGUUUGCUUGAUAAAAAUUGUCUAGUUAGAACUGCAUCUGCGUCCAUUUUAGACGUCAUUCAUGGCCGAGCACAAUGCUGUAAAAUCUACUGUAGCUAAAGAAUCGGGAGGGAAAACAGUUGUAAUAGCUUUUGAUGGAAGUGAUUAUGCGAAACAUGCGAUGAAAUAUUUUGCAGAAACCAUCUACCUGCCAACAGAUAAUGUAGUUGUUGUGUAUUGUGUUGAACUUGGAGAUGUCAUUACAACAGAAAGAACAAUAUAUGGCUUAAGUCAAGCGGGAGCACAUAUCUCCAUCGAUCAUGGAGAACUCAAGGAUCUAAUCCAGAGGGAAAUAGGAAGAAUUAAGAAUAAGCUGGUAGAGUUUGCUGCUUAUAUGAAAGAAAUUAAGCUGAACGGCACAGUAAAGAGUACCCAUGCAAGUUCUCCUGGACUUGGAGUUAUACAUGUGGCAAAUGAAUUGAACGCUGAUCUUAUUGUAACCGGAAGUAGAGGUUAUGGUAGAUUCAGAAGGACAUUGCUAGGGAGCGUCAGUGAUUACAUAUUACAUCAUUCGUCUGUGCCUGUCAUGGUGGUCACAUAUCCGAAAGAUCACCAUCACCACCAUCACCAUCAUCACCAUAAACAUAAAGAAUAAUUUUGAUGCGAGAGAAAUAAGGCGACACAAGCGAUAUACAGACAAAUGUUAUCUCUUCACCGGUACUGAAAUGGUUUGAAGGAUUUCAUUGUAUAUUUUUAAAUUAUGCAAUUAUACACAAAUUCAGAUGUACAUCUUUCAGUUUGAUCUGAAACAACUAUGGCUCUUGGAUAUAGGUGGUAUUGGUGUUGAUUCCCUUAAAAGUUUUAUGUGUUUGGGUUCCGAACUUUUCUUCUCGAAGAACGCGGUGAAGGUUAUCUUAGAAACAUUAGUGUCAACACUUUAUUUUAGAAACAUUUGUACAUGUAUCAACACUUUAGUCGAUAUCUUGCGUUUAUUUCCAAAUGUGACUACUAAUGAUCUUCUAGCACAAUUAAGAUGUAAAGUAAUGACAAAUGCGUAUGGUGCGAUGACAUAUUAUUUAAUUGCAUGUUUCAAGCCAAAAGCUGAAAAUUGUUGAUAUGGACGUACAUACAUUAAAUGACGUGUUCUCUAAAACCAAUUGUUUUACAUGAAAGCGUUGACAAAGUUACCGGAAUAGAGAUACAAAGAUACUUUAAAUACUACUUUUAUAUUAUUGUCUAUAAGCGUGGUCGAAAAAUUCUAGCUUUAACUGUUACUCACCAUCGACAGACUUUAAUUAUACAACCAAUAACCAGAUGUCUUAUAUCCAAGUGCGAUUAAUCUGACAAUUAAUAGAAACAAUUAAUGUCAACUUAAGAUUAUAUUAUGUUCUUCAUAAAGAAAAUGAAAGCCAAUGCUGAAUACUAGUAUAUAUUUUCAUUAGGACUAUAUCAAAUCGUCAAUAUUUCUGAGUGAAUUACUUGGUAGUGUAAUUUCAUCUUUUUUCUGUCCUUUUUUUAAAAUUUAUUUAAUAACUAGACCUCUCUUCCAAUCAUGUUGAAUUAAAGAGCCCCAAUGAAAUGAAGGUUCUGGUUCGGUUAUUAUAAUAAAUAUUUGAUACCGGGCUCUACGUGCACGACAUAUGUUUUGCUUGGGGAGUUGCAAUCUAAUAUUUAACCAGUCAUAUCGGUAAACUUGUCGAAUAAAAGGAGAUGGUGUGUAAUCGUCAAUGAGACAACAACCCAACAACAAUACUUUAAUUUAACAACAAUUAAGAAAAGUGAGCUCAAAUAGGCAAACACCUCUUGACAAUGGAGAGCUAGCGGUAAGAUCAGAUAGAUCUCUGCUUAAUAUGUUUGUUUAUUUUUGUUGAAUUUUUAAUUACUUCUUUGUACGAAGCAUUUACGAAUUACUGCGUAAAAACAUUAAUACAACGAAUGAAAAAAAAAAAAAAUUAGAUAAUCAUAUUAGUUAUAUCCGGGAAAAAAAAGAUAGAUUGAUUUUUAGCCUGCUUAACAUAUAAUGGCAAAUAUUUCAUGCAGAUUCAAGGCGAGAAUAAUUAUUAUCAAUUAAUGUUAAAAGUAGGUAGACCGGGAUAAAG